GCAGUUCUCGGCGCGAGCAUGUUGGAGCGGAACCAUUGAGCCCCUUGGGGGGUGGGUAGAGACCCGGGAGAGACCCCGAAGCGACCCUGAGCGACACCGGGAGCAACAUCCGUAGGGCCUGGAAGGCGAGGGCUUAUAGUUACCAGUUCUUCUGGAUGCAGGCCUGGCCAGUCAACUGUGAUGAGCCACGGAUUCUCAGUUAGGACAAGUGUAGACAGAUCUUCAAGGCCCAGUAGGUUUGAAGGAAUUCUAAUUGUUGAGAUUAUGGUUCUUUGAAGGCUCAUGUAGCCCAUGUUUUGGGUGAAGGAAAGAAGACAAGGUCCUCUAAGAAGAGUAAAAAGCAUACUUUAAAUAGACAUUCAGAAAUGUCUUCUGAUGCUGUGCCAUUAUCGUGUAAUCAGCAGAAAUGUGUUGGAAAAAUACUCAUCAGUGACUUCACAAAAAAGCUACACUCAAACAGACAAUCUACAACUUUUCUAGAGGUUUGGGGAAAUAUAGAUGCAAGUUCAGCUGAGAAAGUCAGAGGCCUGCCUGAUGUAGUUGUUCCUGUGGAAGCAGGCAGUGGUACAUGGAAGUACCUGGCAGAACAGCAGCAAAACCAUCAUGAUCAAGCAGUGACUGAAAUGCAGCAGGAGCUGGACUGCAUUGGCAGGGAGAUGGAAGCCUCUGUUUUGAAGCUUCAGGAAUUCCUUCAGCUAAAAGUGAUGAAAUCAGAUGAAAAGAGUAAACUUCUGUUUGAAAAGAUUGCGUCUGACAUGGCUUUGGAAGGUUUCUCAUUUGAAGAUUUGGAAGAACUGUGGAAUAUGAUCCAUGAGGAAUCCUCAGACAGAAAGAAGCAGAUUAGGGCAGUGGACACAUCCUUAAAGGACAUCGAAAGGAAUCGAGCCGUUAAAAUAGCAGAUGUACUGACCAAGUAUACUGUGAAACUGGAGGAAAUUUCCUUCUUCUUGGCAGCUAAAGUUCACAAGCUCAUUAACAAUAAGGCCAUGAAUAUAAACAGGGUGCUGCUGGAUAAUGAGAGGGCAACUGCCAAGCUACUCUUUAAUCUAAUGAAAUCAGAGCUUGAGAAAGAAAAAUUGCAUCAACUGAAAUGGCAAGGGAGACUCAAGGACUGGAAGCUCAUCCAAAAGAACUGUGUAGUUCAGAGUUUCAGAGAAUUUAUGGCAAGUGAAGAAAUACAGAAUCCCCCAGCUGUGAAAACGGAAAUGGAAAAUGUGAUAAAGGAGCAGAUUGUACUUAGUGAACAGAGACUGAGGGUUUUGCAGUAUAUUGGCACCUUGUUGCCUCCAACACAUACAAAAUCUGAUAUAAAUGAAUGGUACAGAACUCUGGAGAAUUUAAACAGAAGUAUAGACACCCGUAAUGCGGAGUGCGUGGAGAAAAUGCGCAUCCAGUGUGAGCUGGUCUGGGGCAAAUGUCAGGAGAAAAUGCAGAUGUGCAAGAUGACCCUGUUGGAUAUGAACAUUUGCACAGUAGAAGAUGUUGAAGUUGUGCAUUCCAACAUGCUUCAGAUGUCUGAGAAACUAAAACAUAGGUUUGAAGAAAAAGUGGAGCACAUGGAUAAUGAUUUUAAGGAGAUGGCUAAAUGGCAUGAAAAGCACUGUCAAGGCUUGUACAGAUGUGUUCAGGACGCCAUGGGUCUCUGGGAUGUCCAUCAACUCCAACUGUCCCGGCUGGAAGAUGUACUUAAAAAAAAACCAGAUGAAUGCAGAUGGGAACAAGAUAACAUAAUACAGAUGAUGAAAGAUGAUCUGGAUACAAUUUUAGAAAAAAUGAAAAUGGCGAGCUGUGAAGAAGAGCUGAAGGAAUAUUUGGAGAACGCCCUUUCUUCUUUAGAUCAAAUUAAAACAAGGAACGAGACCCUCAAGCAAAUUGUAGUGGAUGAAGUAAUGGCUUACCCAAAAGCCAUUUUGUGGGAAUUGAUUUCUUAUAGUAUAUCCAUCAGCCAGCAUUUUAGUGUGAAGGAAAUCUUCAAACAGAACUUGCAAGGUGCAAUAGACUUCAUAGUUCAAGAUCAAAAUAAUACCACAACAGUCCGAACAGGGCUUGAAGAGAGCACAUCCCAGCCCAGAGCAGAGCAGGACAAUCACCUUUCUCGACUGGUGCCAGAAGAUAGGGACAGUUGUCAAAAAUCAGCUGGAGAAACAAGCCUAACAGAGAAACAGAUGAUCUUGGCACAGGAAAUUGAAGAAAAAGAGGAAGAAGAAGAUGAGGAGAGUAUUCCUUAUAAAAGUGAAAAAAAUGAGCAUACAGAACAGGGACUAAGCAUUAUGCAGUCAGCAUCUAAGAUCAGCGAGGUGGAAAGUGCUGAAAUUGUCACGGAGGUUUUUUCCACUGCUAAUGGAAACACUUACACUGUUCUUGGAGUUGAAGAGGCAGGAAAGACUGACAUCACAGAGAGUUAUUUUACAAAAUCUGAAAAAGAAGAAUCACUUCCUAUGUACCUGAAAUAUGUACAUCUCACAGAAGCCAUGUUUGUCAAGCUGAAUAAAAGGAUUCGCCUCUGCUUUUUUGAACACUUAGAGAAAUGGGUUGCAGAAUCUUUGUCCAACUCCUAUGUCUUUGUAGCUGCCAAGAAAGAGGAGUUGAAUUCAAUUCUUCUGCUGUAUCUUAAGUUUUAUCAACAAAAACAGGAGGAGAUACAGACAAAUAUCUACAAUGCUCGAGCUGCGGAACUGUCGCUUCACAAAGAGCAUCUUGAGUGCCACUGUGCAGUGCUGGCAGAAGGCCUGAAAAAGGAGAAAGCUGAAUUCCUCAGAUUUUCAGACCAGCUAAAUAACCUCAACACAAACUUUCAUUCCCGAGUCCGUAACUUGGAGUAUGACUUGCUCCACGCUCCUGUGACUGAUCAGUCAGCUUCUUCCAGCAACGAUCUCGAAUCAGAGCUCCACAACCAUCUGGAAUCUAUCAGGGUUACUGUGAAAAGUUACCAGCAGCACUUGGAGGAAGCUUUAGGAAAAUUAAGGGAUUCAAAUGUGAAUUUUCUCAAAAGUUGUAGGUUAUUUUCAGAGGUCGGUGACUUUUCUUCUGAGGAGGUAAAGUUUUUCAACAAGUGUCUUCAGAAAGAAAGUAAGCAAAUUGACUCCUUUGAAAGUUCAGUCAACACAGACAUGGAAAAAAUAAAAUCAAGCUGCUUGGAGCAGGCUACUGAACUUUUCAAGCAGUCUGAAAAAAAGUUUGCUUCUCUCUCUCUGAGUCAAGCCUUUAUGGAGAACUUCCAUCAAUCUUUGAGAAAGCUACAACAGCAAAUCAAAUCAGAGGUAAUGAAUUCCAAUUUGCAGUCAGUCACAUUAAAGUCUUACAUGGAAAAGCUCCAGCGGAAGAGAGGUGCUUAUGUUCAUUCUAUUGCAGAUAAAGAAGUAACUUCUAAUCAGCAAGAAAUGGCUUUAACUUCUGAAGAGUUGUAUGAUUUUGCCAGAGAGGUGUUGAAAGAGCUGAUAAAGAGGAGCAAGUAUCUUGACUGCUGCUUAAAAAAAGCAAAGAUCCCACAUGCCACUGAGGACUUCAGCACUCCUGACACAGAUGGGACAUUGCGAGAGGACUUCACCAGUCUUGACACGGAUGGGAGGUUACAAGAUUUCAUUGCUCUUGCUGCUCCAAAAGAGAGUCUCAGAGAGGAGAGCAAAAGGAUGGUGAUGGGACUGGAUCCUGAAAAAUUCCCUUUGUUAAAUCCAAGUGGAAUGGAUACAUCAAUAUUUGAUGAUUUGGCAAUAAGUGCUAUCAAAAAUUUAGCUGGAUUUAACCUAUCAAAAAAAUCCCAAGGUCUAAAUCGUGGGACAAAUGAUCCAGCAAUUCUUCCCCGAGUAAAGAAGAAGUUAUCUGAUGCACAUUCUCAGAAGUCUACUAGCAAGAGGUCAUCUCGGGAUGAAACAAAGCGAAAAAAAAGUGAAAAAGGCAGAAAAUCUCUUACCAGGGAUGAGAGAUCUGAGAUAUUUGGAAAGAAGCCUGCAAAGUCUGAUACUUUUAAGGGGAUUAUUAUGAAUAUUCUCUGGAAGGGUAACAACACCUUGCUCUGCCUUGGUGAGGAGUUCUAUGGAGAAAAGAAGAAUCCUCAGAUGGGAUUGCUUGAAGAUCUUCCAGACACAUUUGAACAUUGGGCAGAAAUGCUCAGACUGAAACUAUUGUCAUACCAAAAGCAGACAGAUGAUUACUACAAUUUCUGUCUUAGAGAAUUUUGGGAUCAGCUGAAGUGGUUUGAAGAUGAACUGUCUUCUGUUUCCCAACUGGUCGUGGAAAGUCUUUUGAAAGAACAUGAGCAGAAACUCAUCUCUUUUACUGGUCAUAUUCAGCAUCUCUUCAACAGACAGCUGAAAGAGUGGGAGGAUGUGAAGACUAUGCAUCGAAGAAAAUUACAUUACUCCCUAGGACACCCAAAUAACUCUCUUCAGUUGGAGGCUUUGUGCCAAGAGGAAAUAAAAAGGCAAAAAGAUCAAACUGAUGGUGUUCACCUCAACAUGAAGAUGCUGCAGGAUUGUGCUGCUGAGUGUGCUCAGAGCUUUUUUUCUGCACUGGCUGCCCUCACUGAAAAGCUCCUCUUGGAACUAGACGAAACCAUCACUGCUGAUGAUGUAGAAGUAGCAGGAACUGAAAUACCUACAGAGAAGAUGUUGACUUUAAAGCAUCAUAAACAAGCUGGACUUCCUCUAGGAACCUCCAAAGUUCAACAGUUAGUCAAACGAGGAAGGAGGUCUUGGCCAGGAAUACCCGAGACUACUCUUCCUGACUGUCCAGACUAUAUUCUUUGCAGAGGAACUGCAUCAGUUUCAACAGCUAAGACUACCCUGGGCCAUCUGGCAGUGGUGGAUGCAAGACAAGCUGCAUAUAAGAAAUACAGAAGUAAAGUUGAACAGAUGUUUGCCCAGAUCAAAGAAGAAAGUUCAGCUCAGCUAUUGGCAAUUCAGCAUUGGAAUGAUUGGUGGGAAGAAUCUGUCCAAAAGAUAAAGCGACUCUACGUCUGAGAUCACUCAAAUAAUUUUGCUGAACUUUGUUGGUGUAAAUUGACACGUUUGUAUGAAUGCCACUGAUAUUUUUCUUUUAUCUCACAAAUCUGUUGCAUUGAAAGAAGCUACUUUCUUGCCUUUUUGUUUAUUUUGCCAUGUUACCAUUCUUGUUUCCUCAUAUGCAGUCUUAAGACUACUACUAUACUAAUCUUUACAAUUUUUAUAACCACCUGAUUUGACUUACAGUAUCAUCUGGUACCAUUCGCAUGUGUUUGUGCCCUUGAAGCCUCUCUGCAAGGACACUUAAUGCGUAUUUAUUAUCAGAGUUUACAGGAUUUGGUUGCAGUUUUGCCCCUGUGAGCUGGUUUGUUCUGAAAACUCUCCAAGGCAUGGAUGAGAACUAUCCCUAACUAAAUACCCUGGAAUCAAGGCCCCUUGCCCAAGCACCUCUGCACAGAGACUUCUCACUGAGAUAGCUGGCCUGAAAAAGAUACACAUUAUAUGUUGUCUUGCUUCAACAAGUUUUGACUCGCCUACCCUUCCCAUUCCUUGUCAUUCCUCUCCCACUUCUAUCUUGUGUUGCCUACCUUUG